UAACCUAUGUACUUGUUUGGUUGCAUUGUUGUAGAAUUGGCAUACACCAUGAGUGUGACUACAAAGUGUGAUGUUUAUAGUUUUGGAGUGGUGGCUUUAGAAACAAUGAUGGGGCAUCAUCCAGGAGAAUUCAUUUCCACUCUGACAAAGCCAUCUACUCAACAAUUAUUGGUGAAAGAUGUAUUGGAUCCACGGAUUCCACUUCCGAAAUCUCGGAAAGAUAUGCAAGAUGUUGUGCUUGUUGUAAAGCUAGCAUUAGCAUGCCUCUCCUCUGAUCCAAAUUCCAGGCCAUCAAUGCAAGUUGUGGCCAAUGAGUUUUUGGCUUCAAAGGCACCAAUACAUGUCUCUUUCUCUGAUGUCUCAAUGUACCAAUUGAUGAAUCAAGAAGUAUAUGUCAUAGAUAAAAAUUAGGACAAGCUAUUAUUGUAUUCUCUAAAUUGAGAUGAAUUUAGAUGCAGGUAGUUUUGCAUGAAAAUUCAGUUCCUGCUCAC